AUGCAAAUCUUUGUACGUACUCUGGAUGAUCGAACAUUGACACUCAAUGUUCAAUCUGACGAUACAGUCAAUGAUGUUAAAGAACUUGUUGAACAACGCCAAGGUAUUCCUGCUGAUGAACAACGUUUAACAUUAGGCGGCAUUACAUUAGAUGAUGAAUUGACACUUGAUCAAUGUCGCAUUGAAGAGGAAAGCACACUCUACGUUUUACUCGAUCUUGAGGGUGGUGGCAAAAAGCGUAAGAAGAAAUCAUACAAUACACCCAAGAAAAACAAACACAAACACAAGAAAGUCAAAUUGGCUGUACUCAAAUACUAUAAAGUGGAAGAUACCGGCAAAAUUCGUCGUUUACGUCGGGAAUGUCCAUCAAAACAAUGCGGUGCCGGAGUGUUUAUGGCUGCACAUCAUGAUCGUAAUUACUGUGGUAAAUGUUGUGUGACAUAUAUGUUCAAGAAACGUGACGAAGAUGAAGAAUAA